CAUCUACUCUUCCCCAGGAAGAUUGAGAUGAUUGUAGGGGAAAAAGAGAAAAUGACGACCGUACCCUUGAAACUUUCUCAAUAAUCGUAUGCGACUGCUCCUCUUCACAAAUAAUCUUCUUCCGAUUUUUUGUUCCUGCGUCUGCGAUUCUUCUCAGCAUCACCAGCAUGGGAGGACAUGGAGGUCUGAAUAUUCUCCCUCAGAAACGUUGGAAUGUGUACAAUUUUGACAACCGAGAAAAAGUUCGCCAAGACGAAGAAGCCGCGGCCAAAGAAGAGCAACUCAAGCGCGAACAAUCUCGCAAGCGCGACACCGACUUCCGCGUCGAACAGCUACGCCAAGCCCGCGGAUUGGCUUCGAAUUCGGCUUCCUCACACCAAUCCACCGCUGUCUCAGCAGCCGAUCCAGCACCCACACCCGAAGCGGAGCCAAAGUCAAAGCAUAUUAACUUGUUUGAAGGAAUCAGGAUAUUUGAUCCAGUUGAUGUUGAUAAGAAGAGGAUUGAACCAUUUGGGAAUGAGAAAAGGAAAGGGGGAUUCAAGAGGAUGAAGAAGGAGCCGGAGCCUCCAAAGGUGGUUUUGCCAGAGGAUGAGAAGUAUAGGUUAGGGUAUGGAGUGGCUGGAAAAGGCGUAAAGCUACCAUGGUACUUGGAAAAACGCCCAAAUGGUGAUGAUGAUGUAGAUAACAAUUAUUCUGAGGAGACAGUAGUAACUAAUAGCAGUAAAAAGAAGAGUGUUGAGGAAUUACGGGAAGAAAGGUUGAAGAGAGAAGCAAGAGAAAAGGAAAGGGAACGAGCUUUGAUGCAGAAACACAAGCACAAGAAUGGUAGAGGAGGAUAUUAUUCAACAAGGUAAGCUAAGCUAAGAGACAAUUACUGCUGUGUCUGUGUGUGCUUUUUAAUAUGUUUAUUUCAGCUUCUUAUCAACAUGAAUGAACAGUAUGCGAUAGAUAGAUAGGUAAUAACAGACUUUUUUGAAUUGCCCUUAAUUAGUAAGUUCCAACCUCAAAAUUGUAAAGUAACUUGCAAAUUCAGUAUCUUUAUGAAAACUAGUGAAUAAAAAAAAGUAUUGUAGAUCGA